AUGAACGUCAACGCACCAGUCUUCAUCCCACAAGGGAGUUCCAGCAGAAUAAAUCAAUCAUCUUCACCUUCUCGCUCUCAACGUUCUUCUGGCCGCACUUACUAUCCUACACAGACCUCCACCCAACCUGACGUAAAGAGAUCAAAGUCAUCCCAAACUAAUGCUCGCGUAAAUAAACGAAACGGCUCUCCUCGCAAAAACAAUCAUCAGAAUAGUCAACGUUCUCAUUCCAGCCAAUCCAGUGCAAGCGAUGAGUCUAACAGCAGCAACCACUCGGAGAAAAAUGAAUGGAAUGCUACCGGCAGCUCCAAUCAUGGCGAAGUCAACACUGCUAUUGAUGAUGAUAUCACGUCAUCUAUGAACAAUUUGUCACCUCUUGAUGCAGGACCAGCAGCGGCACCUCGCAAUAAAGGAAAAAUAUAUCUAAAUCAUCUAUUGAAUUUUACAUUUCCGCCAAGACAACAACAUUCCAUUGUUAGCACUCCUCGAAGACAAAAAGUUGUCAAUUAUCAACCAUAUAAUAAGGAGCGAUUUAUCAAUGCAAAUUUCCGUUUUCUAGUUAAUUCAACGGGUGAUUACACGGUUUACCAAUUUGACCCAGAUAUUUUGCUCAACUGGCAAGAUAUUGAGCAAGUGAUAAUCACAAAUCCAACAACACCCAGUUGUCCUAUCUGUCUUCAAAAACCCACCGCUGCGCGUGUAACAAAAUGUGGACACGCUUACUGCCUCGCUUGCAUCUUACAUUAUUUGGAAUUGAAGAACGACCCAACGAAGAAAUGGCGCAAAUGCCCAAUUUGUUGGGAUGCAGUAUACGCCAAAGAUCUAAAGAGCGUUCAAUUUAUGAUCGUGAAGAAUUUGGGCAAGAUUGGCGAUGGUGGUGUCCCAAAAAAUGAUGAUGCAACUAUUACUAUGAAAUUAAUACAGCGCCCAAUGAACUCAACAGUUGCUUUACCACGUUCAUCCACUUGGCCAUUCACUGAUGACUCUUACAAAACUUCACCACCUUGGCAUUUCACCCCUAACGCCUCGUUAUUCUCAAAAUUGAUGCUCGCAUCAAUCGAUUAUUUGCAAGGCGAGUAUCAACGCGAUUUAGAUGAAUUGGAAAACGCGUUGCUCGAGGCAAAAACGAUGAAUUAUCAUGAAGAAAUUCCGUUUAUUGAAAUGGCUAUUCAAAGUGUAAAAGAACAAUCGAGUCUUCUUGAACAACGCUCGAAGCUGGAUAUUGCUAUGGCUGAGAAGCGUGUCCAGGAAAUUAUUGCCAGAUCUGAUGCAAAACCCCUGAAUGAUGAAAUUCAUCAAGGAAAUCAUCGUUCUUCGCUGUUACAUACAAGCGAAAAUUCGAGCGAAUCGAAAGACGCAGCUUCUAAUAAUGACAAUUAUCCCAAAGCAAAUUCAACUAAUUCGCAAAAUGACGCUCCAGAAUCACCAAUUACUCAACCAAAAUUCGAAGAAAUUAUUUCAGCUUCAAAUUUCCAUACACAAGAAUUCACAAAAGAACCCCAUACAUCUUCUCAUCCUAAUAAUACUACUAUCACUCAAACUGAAAACAAAGAUUCAGAAACCUCUGGAAAAGUUCACGCAGCAGCUCUUCCAAUCUCGAUAUCUGGCAAAAGUCCUGUAUUGUCCGACGGAAUGUAUUACUUUUAUCAGUCGGAAGAUGGACAACGUAUAUAUUUACAUCCGUUAGAUAUUCGUAUUCUGAAGCACGAGUUUGAACAUUACGAGAAUUUCCCGAAUGAGAUUUCGGUGCGCGUAAUUGGUGUUGAAGAGAGUACUAUGACUGAAGAACUUCGUAAACGUUGCAAAUAUCUCGGUCAUUUGCCCUUAAGUUGUGAUGUAACUUUUCUUGAAGUGGAUUUGAGUGGCGUAGUAUCCGAUAAAACUUUAGAAUUCUUUGCGAAUGAAAUUCAACAACGUCAAAACCGUCGAAAAGAAAAAGUUCUUCAAGAAAAGCGACAACACGAAUACGCAACCUUGAAAGAACAAGAAAUUCUCAAUUCUGAUCCAUUCUAUCAAUCGGUCUAUUCGCAACUAACCGAUGAUGUUGCGAUUGCUCGUGGUACUUCUCCCGAGCACGAGACAUUUAACUCGUUCGUCGAUAUUUCUGGUAAUAACCUGACUAAUUCUUUUGACCCUGUACCUGGAAUCAGCAAUCAUGGUAGCGCUAAUAAUAGCGGUGACCAAGAAGAAUAUACUGGACCAAAAACUGUCUGGGGAACUCCCGCUUUUUCAUUCGCUAGUGUAGUUAGCGGUCGCGCAGAAGAGCAUCAUGGCGAUCAUGAUGGAUUGUACGAUGACAUUUAUUAUGAUGAUUGGGAUUCGCAAGUAGUGUCGCUUGGCAAGAAACAGAAAAAGAAAAAAUUGAUUCUUUUAUCUAAUGGAGGGUUACGAAAGAG